AUGUUGGUUCCUGUGUUAGAAAUAAUACGUCAGGAACAAACAAUGGCAAGCAAAGGAUGCAGACCACUCCGUAAAAUUCAAAGGACGACCCAUUACUGUGGGUUGGUUCAUCAAAUAUGUGAACUUAAAAGUAAUACAUUAUUGCCCUUGUUCUCCUUCUUUGCCAGAAACAAACUCAACGGAAGCAACCGUGGGCUGAAACAAGUAGAGCUGAACAUGACCCGAACCAUUUUUCUUCUGAAAGUGUUAGUGGUCGGUCUGCUCGGUCUGUGCUUCCUCGGCAUAUGGACCAUAUCCAUGUCAAGGUACAAACAUCAAGACCCAAUUCUGUUUCGUAAUCAGCCGGUGUAUCUUUCCCUGAAAAAUCUCAAAGAUAAGUACUAUGUACAUCAGGAGGAAAAAGCAUUUCCCCUUGCAUUUGGUAUCAUAGCCUACACAGACAUUGAUAGGGUUAUUCGACUUUUACGUGCUAUUUACCGACCACACAAUUUUUACUGUAUUCAUGUGGACAAGAAAGCGUCGAGCGAUUAUUAUAAAGUAAUGCAAGAGGCUGUGGAACAAAUCGGUACAAAUGUGUUCUUAAUUCCGGAUCAAGAACGAAUCUCUGUUUCCUGGGGUCAUAUAAGCACCCUGGAGGCAGAUUUAUCCUGUGCCAAACGGUUAUUGGAAUUUUCAUCUUUCUGGCGUUAUUGGAUUAACCUAACCGGUGAUCAAGUGCCACUUAUUAUUCUGUCUUCUAUGGCCAACACUACAAAUGACACAGCCAUAUCCCACCCACCCUUAAUGACCCCAACCAGUAUUGAUUAUUUCGUUUCCAAUUUGGUUAAAUGGUUCAAAGGUGCUGUCCAUGUCGCUCUACGCCGAGAAUUUGUUGAAUAUAUGAUCAAAAAUCCGUUGGCUUUAAAACUGCUAAAUGCGCUCCGUGAAUGGGAGUAUUAUCGACGUUUUCGUGUCGUAGCGGACGAACAAUAUUUUGCCACAUUGAACAAUAAUCCGCACGUAUACCGGAUUCCUGGUUCCUACACUGGGGAUCUAUUGGCCAAUGAACGGCUUGAAUUGGAUGUGGAUUUCGCCAAUAUGAGUUUAUGCGGAACUAAUUUCUGGGUACGAUCAAUCUGUAUGCUCGGACUAAAAGAUCUGGAUGCAUUGCGAAACAGUCCACGUUUGUUCGCAAAUAAAUUUAUUCCCUUUGUUGAACCGGAAGCUUACGAUCAACUGGAACAUUGGAUCGAAAUGAAAGCAGAAUAUGAAAGACAAUUUUCCAGAUUUCAUCCAACUUUUAACGUUUCGGUUUACUCCAAUUUAGACCAGGAUAGCUCAAGCUUCAUAUUUCCUCGUGCUUCCUGUUAA